AUGCGCGCUACUUGGUUCCUCGCUUCCACACUCGCGGCCUUCGCCGCUGCCGAUGCCAGCACAACUACCGUCAGCUACCUCGGCGCCUCUGCCGACGGCGAUGUCGACUUGUCCAAGUACACCAGCGUCGCCGCUGAAGUCAUCGCAGUCGACGCAACUGCCACUACAUACGAUAUCCGCUGCCAGAGCGGCGUAGCCAAGUCCCUCUGUGCAAUUGACAGCAAGACCCCCUUUAGGCUCAUUCAGGGCCCCACGACCUAUAGCUUCUCCGCCUACGAAGCGAUUACCACCCAAGGUGGUACCGCCGAUGUUUUCGCGACUGUUGCGUGCUCGUUCACCCACGUCUCGGAAUCUGUCUCUUGCCGCCAGAGUAUCUCCAUGGAUAUCUCCGCUGAGGGAUACUCCACUGCCACCAGCACCUACAUUCCUAGCCAGACUAUCGAGGCUGACCAGGUUAGCUACCAUGUGCUUACCGUUACUGCUGGUGUUGAGGCUUUGAAGGCCUACGCUACUGCUACUUCGCCUGUUACUGCCAGUGCUGCCGAUUCUACUGCCAGUGCUGCCGAUUCUACUGCCAGUGCUGCCGAUUCUACUGGAAGUGCUGCCGAUUCUACUGGAAGUGCUGCCGAGUCUACUGACAGUGCUGCCGAUUCUACUGUCAGUGCUGCCGAGUCUACUGGAGCUGCGCAUCCUAUGAUUACUGCUGCCCCUAUGGCCUUUGCUGCUGUUGCCGCUGCUGCUGCCGCUAUGCUCUAA